AUGAAGGGCCAGACGAUAUUAACAAAUGUGCCAGACAAUGUGGUAGCAACUUCUGGUGCAGAGGCUGGGCCGAUCGAGGGGGUGUUCUUGGGUGCAGUAUUUGAUCAAAACAACAGUAGGCAUGUGGUGUCACUUGGCACAUUACGCGAAGUUCGAUUCAUAGCAUGUUUCAGGUACCUCUUAUGGUGGAUGGCUCAGAAAAUGGGGGAUAAGGGCAGUGAUAUUCCAGUGGAAACACAGUUCUUGCUGCUGGAAACUAAGGACGAAUCAGAUAAUAAUGGAAUUGUUUAUACUGUUAUCCUUCCUUUUAUUGAAGGGCCAUUUAAAGCUAGUCUUCAGGGGAAUGAUAAGGACGAGGUGGAGUUAUGUUUAGAGAGUGGGGAUAGUGAGACUGUUGGAUCUGCGUUUGGGCAUUUGGUGUACAUCUGUGCCGGUACUGAUCCAUUCGAGACCAUACACGAGGCUAUGAGGGCUGUGAAGUUGCAUCUUGGGACAUUCAGGCUAAGGGAUGAGAAAAAAUUGCCUGGGAUUCUGGAUUAUUUUGGGUGGUGCACUUGGGAUGCCUUUUACCGGGAGGUGUCUCAGGAAGGGGUUGAGGCCGGCCUACAAAGUCUCUGUGCCAGUCGAACCCCUCCUAAGUUCGUCAUCAUUGAUGAUGGUUGGCAAACAGUUGGAUUUGACGAUGAGAAAAAAGAAGUUAGAAACGCAUAUUAUGUGCCUCUGUUGAGGCUGACAGGAAUUAAGGAAAACUCAAAAUUUCAGAACAAAGAUGAUCCGACAGUGGGAAUUAAGCAUAUAGUCAAUAUUGCAAAAGAAAAGUAUGGGUUGAAGUACGUGUACAUUUGGCACACAAUCACUGGCUAUUGGGCCGGGGUUCGACCAGGGGUGAAGGAGAUGGAGGAAUAUGGAUCUUUCCUUCAGUACCCAAAGUUGUCCAAGGGAGUAGUAGAGAAUGAACCAGGGUGGAAAAAUGAUGCAAUUACAGUAGAGGGUUUAGGUCUAGUGAAUCCCAAGAAUGUGUACAAGUUUUACAAUGAUUUGCACAGCUAUUUAGCCUCUGCUGGAAUAGAUGGGGUCAAAGUGGAUGAACAAUGCAUAUUGGAGACCCUUGGGGCCAGUUUAGGGGGUCGGGUCGAGUUAACCAGGCAAUAUCAUCAAGCUCUCGAUGCUUCUGUUUCUAAGAAUUUCCCUGAUAACGGAUGCAUCGCAUGUAUGUGCCACAAUAUUGAUUCACUUUACUGCUCAAAACAAACUGCUAUAGUGAGAGCAUCAGAUGAUUUCUUCCCGAGCAGACCUGUAUCACAUACAAUCCACAUUGCUACUGUUUCAUACAACAGUCUCUUCUUAGGAGAAUUCAUGGUGCCAGAUUGGGAUAUGUUCCAUUCUCUUCAUCCGGCAGCCGAGUACCAUGGAUCAGCAAGGGCCAUCAGCGGUGGACCUGUCUAUGUUAGUGAUGCACCUGGCAAGCACAAUUUUGAUCUUCUAAAGAAGCUUGUUCUUCCUGAUGGAUCGAUUCUUCGAGCACAACUCCCUGGUCGGCCUACCAAGGAUUGUCUAUUUUCUGACCCUGCUCGUGAUGGUGUUAGCUUAUUGAAGAUAUGGAACAUGAACGAGUAUACUUGA